UCUGUGGACGGAUACACUGAACCACAUGUCCAGCCUAUCAAGUCAAGUAGCAGACAAAACAUCCCUCGAUGUCGAAACUCCAUUACAUCUACCAACGAAGAGCAUCCUCACAUUGGAAAUUACCGCUUACUGAAAACAAUAGGAAAAGGAAAUUUUGCCAAAGUGAAACUGGCAAGGCAUGUGCUUACUGGAAGAGAGGUUGCUGUGAAAAUAAUAGAUAAAACCCAGCUAAAUCCUACUAGUCUGCAAAAGUUGUUUCGAGAAGUACGAAUAAUGAAGAUACUGAAUCAUCCCAAUAUUGUAAAAUUAUUUGAAGUUAUUGAAACCGAAAAGACAUUGUAUUUGGUAAUGGAAUAUGCCAGUGGGGGAGAAGUAUUUGACUACCUAGUUGCACAUGGAAGAAUGAAAGAGAAAGAGGCUCGUGCAAAAUUCAGGCAGAUUGUGUCUGCUGUGCAGUACUGUCAUCAGAAACGCAUAGUUCAUCGUGAUCUUAAGGCAGAAAACCUUCUACUUGAUGCAGACAUGAACAUUAAAAUUGCAGACUUUGGUUUUAGUAAUGAAUUUACAGUUGGUAAUAAACUGGACACAUUUUGUGGAAGCCCACCUUAUGCCGCUCCUGAACUUUUCCAAGGAAAGAAAUACGACGGUCCUGAAGUGGACGUGUGGAGCCUUGGGGUGAUUUUGUACACACUAGUAAGCGGAUCAUUGCCAUUUGAUGGUCAGAAUCUAAAGGAACUAAGGGAGCGAGUACUGAGGGGGAAGUACCGCAUUCCAUUCUAUAUGUCCACAGACUGUGAAAAUCUGCUUAAGAAGCUACUAGUACUGAAUCCAAUAAAACGAGGCAGCUUGGAACAAAUUAUGAAGGAUCGGUGGAUGAACGUUGGCCAUGAAGAAGAAGAACUAAAGCCAUAUACUGAGCCUGAACCAGAUUUUAAUGACACCAAGAGAACAGAAAUUAUGGUCACAAUGGGCUUUUCAAGAGAAGAAAUCCAUGAAUCUUUAGUAAACCAAAUGUAUGAUGAAGUCAUGGCUACUUAUCUCCUUCUAGGUAGAAAACCACCUGAAUUUGAAGGAGGUGAGUCCUUGUCCAGCAGCAACUUGGGUCAGAGGUCUCGUCCUAGCAGCGACCUCAACAACAGUUCUGUGCAGUCUCCUGCUCACCUGAAGGUCCAACGGAGUAUAUCAACUAAUCAGAAACAGCGGCGGUUCAGUGAUCAUGUUGGUCCCUCAAUUCCUCCUGCUGUCUCAUACACCAAAAGGGCUCAGGCAAAUAGUGUGGAAAGUGAGCAGAAAGAAGACUGGGACAAGGAUGUCUCACGCAAACUUAGCAGCACUACAGUGGGAUCCAAAGGAGAGAUGGCUGCAAGUCCACUUGUGGGUCCAGAAAGAAAGAAAUCAACUACAGUUCCUCGUAAUAAUGUAUUUUCUGGUAGUGGAAUGACAAGGAGAAACACUUAUGUUUGUGAACGUUCUUCAGAUCGCUAUUCUGCAAUACAGAAUGGGAAGGACAACAGCCUAACAGAAAUGUCCGUGAGUAGCACAUCUUCUGCAGGCUCUGCAGUAGCUUCUGCUCUAUCAACACGGCCUCGACAUCAAAAGUCUAUGUCUGCCUCUGGUCAUCCUAUAAAAGUUACACUGCCAACCAUCAAAGAUGGCACUGAAGCUUACCGACCAAGCAGUGCAACUCAAAGAGUGCCUGCUGCUUCCCCGUCUGCUCAUAGUAUUAGCACUACCACUCCAGACCGAACCCGCUUUCCUCGGGGGAGUUCAAGUCGAAGCACUUUCCAUGGUGAGCAGCUAAGGGAGCGGCGUAAUGCCACUUACAAUGGACCGCCCGCCUCACCAUCACAUGAAACCGGUGCUUUUGCACAUGCUAGAAGAGGGACAUCAGCUGGUAUAAUAAGCAAGAUAACUUCCAAGUUUGUUCGCAGGGAUCCAAGUGAAGGCGAAGCCAGUGGCAGAACUGACACCUCAAGGAGUGCUUCUGGGGAGCCAAAAGACAGAGAGAAGGAGGAUAGCAAAGAUUCGAAGCCACGCUCCUUGCGGUUCACAUGGAGUAUGAAGACCACUAGUUCUAUGGACCCGAAUGAUAUGAUGAGAGAGAUUCGGAAAGUGUUAGAUGCUAAUAACUGUGACUACGAACAAAAAGAGAGGUUUUUGCUCUUCUGUGUCCAUGGCGAUGCACGACAAGAUAGCCUUGUUCAGUGGGAGAUGGAAGUCUGCAAACUGCCACGAUUGUCACUCAAUGGAGUUCGUUUCAAGAGAAUAUCUGGGACUUCUAUUGCAUUUAAGAACAUUGCAUCCAAGAUAGCAAAUGAGCUUAAGCUGUAAAGAGAGCCUAAAUUUUUUGGGAUCAGGGAAGAUUCAUACAUGAUCUACACUUUGAAUGUACUGGUUACGCCUAAUGUGAUUGGCCUGUGAAACUCCCCAUGUAGAAAUUGCCCUUAUUGCAAUAAGGUUAUACAUAGUUAUUCAGAAUUGUAAAGUUAAAUCCAGUAUGACCUAUAUUAAAUAACUGUAGCUAAAGAAGUUAUGUUCACAUGUACAGGUAAGUAUAUAGAGCAUUCUGUUCAUUUUAUGUUCAUAGAGUUGUAUAAUAAAAAGAUGACUGCUUAAAUUCAGAUCUUGUAUAGUUGUCUAGAUUUCUGCACAGAAAUGUAUGUUUGAUGCUUUGAGUUGAAAAAGUUCUUCCCUAUCGUUUACAUUUUUGGUGGUUUUUAUAAGUCUUUACCUCUACCAUGCAUUUUU